AAACUUUUUAUAGUAUUUAUAGUAGCUGAUAGUAUAUUAUAAUAUUCUCAUUCGAAACGCUUUUUAUAACACUAGUUUUAUUUUAUUUUGUUCUAGAACACCCGCUUCUAGCCGGUUAGCCCAUUAGCAUCGCUAGCCCGUUAGCACAGCUACCACAAGUUUGUUUACGCUUCUCACCGAUUAUUUCUGUUACACUACUGCUCUAAAACACCAUGUCGGUUGUGUGUCUGCCUUUGAGUGCAGGUGAGGAUACACCCGAGCUGCACUCGGUGGAUCUGGAGUUGGAGGCCGUGGAGAAACAGAUCCGCGACCUACAGGUGAAGCAGGCCCAGCUGCGACAGCGGAAAGCCGUGCUGGAAUCGUCCCGGACUGACGCUCACCUGUCCCAGGUAAAUCCGCGGCGGGAAACAAACACUCCCAAAACCUCAACUCCGCGUAUUUCUCUGUCCAGGCCUAGUGCACCAAGGUCGCGGCCCGCCCAGGUUUCGUUCACUCCGGCACCGGGGUACCACGGAGCCUGGAUGCAGCAGCAGCGGAAGACACGAGCCAGGACCCGGGCGAGGACCUCUCCCCCUCCGCCGCCACCCGUUUUCGAGAUCUCGACCAGGAACCGCUUCGCUCCACUUCGCGAGUCGGAAAGCGACGCGGUGAUCAUCGGAGACUCCAUCGUCCGGCACGUCCGUGCUACCACGGCUAAAGGUAAGGUGCGCACUCGCUGUUUUCCUGGUGCUCGUGUUCUCGAUGUCGCUGCACAGGUACCCGCGAUCCUGAAUGGGAAGAACAUCGGAGCUGUGGUCCUCCAUGCUGGCACGAACGACACCAGGCUGAGGCAGACGGAGAUCCUGAAGAAGGACUUCAGAAGCCUGAUUGAGAAGGUACGCAGCACAUCGCCCACGACGAGGAUCAUCGUGUCAGGACCGCUUCCCACGUUCCAGCGAGGAAUUGAGAGGUUCAGUAGGCUAUUUGCUUUUAAUGAAUGGUUACAGUCAUGGUGUCAAGACCAGAAAUUACCCUUUAUUGAUAACUGGAAUAUUUUCUGGGAGCGUCCUAGGCUCUACCACACUGACGGCCUGCACCCAAGCAGAGCUGGAGCAGCGGUCCUCUCGGACAACAUCUCUAGGACACUACGCACCAUCUGACUGCUACACUCCUGAGCUGCCGGUGAUCCAGACCUCCCCCCCUUCACUCUGGACCUGUCCACUGGCAAUACUUCAUACUGCCACGAAAACGCUUCAGCUGUUUUCCAUGGACUACACCAACACACAUUGUGCUCACACACACGCACACUACAGUGUAAACCCAUAUGAGGAUGGGUUCUCUGUUGAGCCUGGUUCCUCUCAAGGUUUCUUCCUAUCACCAUCUCAGGGAGUUUUUCCUUGCCACCGUCGCCCUGCUUGCUCAUCAGAGACGGCACACACACACACUUCACUUUACUUUUGUUUGUGUAAAGCUGCUUUGAGACAAUGACCUUUGUAAAAAGCGCUAUACAAAUAAAAAUGAAUUGAAUUGAAUUGAAUCAUGCAGCCCAAGUCAUCAAGAAAUUUGCAGAGAGUCGGCAUGGAGAGACACCCAACUACGAACCAGGUGAUCGGGUAUGGCAAUCCACCAGAGACCUAUGGGACCCUGAAGAAUGCAGAAAGCUGACACAUCACUAUUUUGGCCCAUUCAAAGUUCUCCAACGCAUAAAUGACAUCACAUACAAGCUGGACCUACCACGCUACAGCCACCUAGCCCGUUCCUUUCAUGCCUUCUGCUUUAAACUGGUCACUCCAGGUCCACUCGCAGAAGGCAUUCCCCCUUCACCCCUCCAGUACCCCUGGACAUCGAAGGUGAGCCAGCUUACACCAUCAAGGAAAUCCUAGACUCGUGGCACCAAGAGGGUAAGCUGCAGAACCUUAGAGAAUGGGAGGGCUAUGGACCUGAGGAAAGGUGCUGAGUCCCAGCCCAUGAUGUGCUCGAUCCCCUACUUUGUCAGGAAUUCUGCAGAACCUUAGAGAAUGGGAGGGCUAUGGACCUGAGGAAAGGUGCUGAGUCCCAGCCCAUGAUGUGCUCGAUCCCCUACUUUGUCAGGAAUUCCAUGCAUGCCACCAUAAUCGCCCAGGUCCACCGUCUAGGGGGAGGCCUAGAAGAAAGCUCGCUCCCAGAGGUAGCACUUCGGAGGGAGGGUUCUGUCAUGUGUAUGCCAGAUUCGGCGGCUAACUAUAAUUGUCAGAUGACAGUGCGGUCUACAAACGUGGCCGCCGAGGACUACAACACCCAUCCACCACAGACUCUCUCACAUUCACAUUCUCCUUAAUACAGACCACAUACGUUUCUGUACCAGUCUAUACCAAGAUGUUAUUUAUUGUCUUUCUGAUUUUGAUCUCAUUUCUGGUUUCCUCGUCUUGCUCUUGCUUGCCCAGUUCACGUUGUUUGUUUAUUGCCUGACCCUUGUCUGAAUUUCGACAUUGCCUUGGAUUACAUUUCUGUUUUGUUUCCUUUUCUUCAUAAAGCAUUGGCCACUUGUGCACUUGUGUCUGUACCUGCAUUGUGACAGCAAAUUGUU